CUGCGACUGCCCUGAGUAGCGCAGUCUGUCUGUGUGUGCGUAGUUGUGUGAUAGUGUGUGCCACUGCAUCACAGAUUACACUCACGCUUUGCAACUUUCGGAUUUUAUUACGAUUAGAUCUGAGUAGUGCAUUACCGGGAUGGUUGACUACUACCGUGUGUUGGAAGUGCACAGACAAGCCUCAGUUGCUGAGAUAAAAAAAGCGUACAGGAAAUUGGCGCUGAAAUGGCACCCAGACAAGAACCCCGACAAUCCAGAUGAAGCUAACAAGAAAUUCAAAGAGAUCUCAGAAGCCUACGAAGUCCUAUCAGAUGAUGCCAAGAGGAAGGUUUACGACCAACGAAGUGCGACGCCCAAAGUGUCUACAGCCCGUCCCAACGGCAAGACAUCUUUCAGGAACUAUUUCCAAUUUGAGACACCCUUCGCUCGUUUCUUUGAGAAGAAGAGAAGAGUGUACGACCAGUACGGUAAAGAUGGGCUGAACCAGGACAGAUCUCGCGGCCGCAACAGGCAUCACCAUGACGCUGACUUUGACUUCCACGGCUUUGGUGGUUUCCCCUUCACGUUCAGAGACCCAGAAGACGUCUUCAGAGAAUUCUUUGGCGGGUCACCAUUCCAGGAUUUGUUUGGAGGUCUACCCGAUGAGGGAAUGCAUGGAUCGAGGCAGAGACACUCCCACCCUAGCAGCACACUGAGCACUAGCCUGUUUGGACCCUUUGGCCUCGGACUGGGGCUCGGCUUCGAAGACAUGUUCGGCAACGCCCACGCUGGCUCAGCACAGUUCACAUCCUUCUCCACAUCGUUUGGCUCUGGCGGGGGAAGUAAUCCAGCUGUCAAGCGAACCUCCACAUCAACUAGAUUUAUUAACGGAAAGAAAAUCACUACAAAAAAAGUGCAAGAGAACGGCAAAGAGACAGUUCUUCAAUAUGAAAACGACGUCCUCACUUCAAAGACUGUGAACGGGGUGGCCCAGGCCCUGAAAUACAGUUAGAACCAUCCUCACCUCCAAGUCGCUGUAUUUAUUUGUUAAACUUCAUUAACGGAUAUACUAAAGUCGCAGUUAUGUUUCCGCUGACUUUACUAUUGUAAUAAAUUCAUGUUCUGCCCUGUUGAAUGUUUUGUGUAGACUGAUGAAAUUAUAGAAAUCUACAGAAAGAUACAGUUAAGAUGAAAUAUAUCAGUGUUGUUUGUAAUAUGUAAUUCUCUCAGAUUUGAUCUCAACUAUUAAAGUUUCUUUAUUGGCUUUGUGAGUGUGUACUUAGUUAGCUUGGCACUUACUACUUUAUUGCACUCUCUCAUGUAACGUCAAGUACAUAACAUAGAUAAUUAAUACAGGCAAAUCAAAGUGUGUCGUUAAAUAAAUAUACACAUCAGAAUGUAGAACUACCGUGGAUGAGAAACACAUUUUUAAUAGUAAAUAUUUAACACUUAAUGAGAAAGUUUGUGAAUAGAAGAUAGAAAUAGGGCAGAAUUAGGGCUGAUAAACAUUAAUUGAUUAUAUAUUGCAAUUUUAGAUAAGUUUUAGUAAUUAUUAAGAAAUCGAAAGAAGUAAUACAAUUGUAGCACUGAAUGUUUCCUACACUGAGUUAGUUGAUUUAGGUUCUCUUCACAACGUAAUUUUGUAUAUAUUUGUUUAAGCGUAAGUUUAUUUUUAUAAUGUUUGUUUAAGGUAAGUAGGAACAGUCUGGAUGUACUUUAAUAAGUAACAGUAAUUUUCUUGUCAUUGAAUUUGAAUAUUGUAGAGUAAUAGCUCAACAAGCGUCGUGAUUCAACAUUGAGUACUGUCUCCUAGGUCCGCUAAUACUAGCCAUGUUUGUUUUAUUUAUUUAUUGUAGACUUUUGGAUAAAAUAUGGUUUUGUGUGAGUUUUAGUUUAGUUAUGAUUUAUU